GACCAACAGCAAUUAUAGGAGUACCCCUAUGAUUUUAUGUGUUUAUUACUGUAAUCUGUUGGGGCACAUUGGUUCAAUUUGCAGCGGCUAUUGUUUAUUUUGAUUAAAAUAAAAGUGUUUUAAAUAUAGCUGCGGCCUACAGCGCAUAUAAAACGGUCAAUGAUGAGCUCCAAAGAUAAAUCAAAGUUCAAAAUGUUUCUCAAGUCAACGAAAUCGGCAGGAACAGCGGGGGAGCGUACUUUGCGUCCAGAAUUUGAGAGAGAGCUGCGCCCUGAGUUGCCAAUCGCGCAGCGUUGCAAAAUGCUUAAGGAAUUGGGCGACUUGCAUUUGCAUAAAUUUAACUUGGACGAGACGUACAUCACUAAGCUGUGGCAUCUAACCAACGAUCUCAUUGUGCACAACAAGCCAGCUGAAACGCGACAGAUAGCUUUAACCUUCUAUAAGCGGCUGAUAUACACCCAGUACAAAAACAUUACACUGAUGCGUGAAAAGUUUUUUCUGGUCAUUCAAAAUCAUGAGGCGCAUGAGGAUUUGCGACACCUGUUGGAGCUACUUGAGACACUCACAGAGAAUGGAAAGGAUAUUACCAAUUUCGAGGAGAAGAUUGGAAAAUUUAUGCUGUGCUGGAUACCAGCUAUCACGGCUGCCAAUCUGCUGUGCCCAUACCUGGACAUGAUGGUUAAUCUCAUUAAGUUUAAUGCGGCACACCUCGACAAAGACAUACUCGUUGGAAUUGUGCAACACGCUUGCGACUUGAGCUGUAUCAUGGCCGACGAUGAUAUCGGACUACAGUGCUUGACCAUUUUGGAAAUGGUCAUCGGCUAUACCAUUUUCCCCAGCGAACCGUUACACCAAUGCAUUGUCACACUGUGCCGUACCGUGAACCAUGCCCGAUAUUGUCAAUCAUCCUUCAAGAUCAUGAAAAAUCUGUUGGGCACUCAGCUGGGCUAUCGUUCGAUGAAGAUGAUGUGCAGCAUACUCAUGGAUCAGGAGAGGUACGAGGACGCACAACUGUUGCGUGGUGCCGUCUUCCACCUCAACAUGAACAUCUUUGGGUCGAAUAUGAUAUUCCAGGUAUCGCCGAUGAUCUAUGCGACGAACGUGCUAAUGGGCUUCCUGAAAGCAUUGCAUAGCCUGCAGGUGAUUGUCACCUAUGAAGUGAUACUCAGCGUUCGCAUGGUGAUCAACAAAUUCAAGCUGUCCGAGAUCAUCUGGGAUCUGAUUUGUGAUAUUAUGUCGGCAAUUGUGGACAACAUUGAGGAAUAUGAGCGUUGCGGUGUUAAUAAGGAUCAAUUGCAUCAUUUACAAAUCAAUUUCCACGAGAAUAUCGACUGCAUUGAGAAGAUGCUGCAAGAUGAGCGGGCACAAAUACUGUGUAAUGUGGAUCGCAUGUACGAUCUGAUCGAGCGUGUGGCUGAUCGUCGUCCGGAGGCAUCAGUGCUGGGCUUAAUCGAUUAUCGAACGCGUCACAUUACGGCCACGCGACCGGAGUGGCUGCUGGGCUUGACACAGUUUGUGCAUCGCUAUUAUCGCAUGAGCAACGUGAAUGUGCGCAUUAAGACGAUCGACUCACUGGCACAGAUCAUGAACCAGAACUGUUCCAGUUAUGAGGAGGAGAUACUCGAUCAUGUCGUUGUCACACAGCUGGCCCAGAUCCAUCAAGAGCCCAACGUGCUGGUGCGCACCGCUGUGGCACGUGCGCUCUCCAACUUUGCGGCACAUUGCGACACAAAGCGCUGCAUGGAACUGUUGGAGAUACUGGAGGCGCUCAUCAAACGACCGUUUGAGGAGGCGAACAGCAGCAGUUUUGUUAUUAAAAGCGCGUCGGACAUUGCCGACAUUAUUGCUGCCAUCGAUGGGCUUAUCGAUGUCUUUGCAAUUAAGUUGCAUCGCCUGCCUGCCACACAUGCCAUCAAGAUUUUCAAAAUUCUGACGGAUCACCUCGAGCUGCACUACGAUCAGCCAAAGGUUUUUGAAAAGGAGAGCAUUGUACGGCUCAAGAUAUUCAACUGGAUGCUUCAGGCCCGUGCCAAUGCUUCUUAUCACAUUGGCUACCCGGACGGUGACAAUCCGGGGACAAUAAAGUUUAGCCACUAUUUGGGCAUCGACUCGCCUUUGCCGCCUCCGGUACCGCAAACGCAAGCGACAAUGAUUUCAAUACGACGCGCCUGUAGUCUAAUUGUGCGUUGUUUGGAGCACGAGUCUGAUUACCAGAUCUUCCAGCUGGUAACCAAAGAGCUGCCGAAGGUGUUGCAGAACAAGGCGCUCAUCCAGGGCAAUGACAUUGAGAAGCUGGCCACUACGCUAAUUGUGCGUUGUUUGGAGCACGAGUCCGAUUGCCAGAACUCCCAGACCAAAGAGCUGCCGAAGGUGUUGCAGAACAAGCCGCUCAUACAGGGCAAUGACGUUGAGAAGCCACCCAAUACGCUGUUCAAAACCAACUCGACCAGCAUCAAUCGAUUCAAUCGGCCCACCCAUGAGUACCACGGCCUGGUGUUGCCAGCAAUAGCAUCUCUGGUCAUUUAUCAUGAGUGCCUGCAGGCGCAAAAGCAAUCGGCCAUCAUUUCGUCACUGAAAAACCGCAUCCUCACUGGCAACACGGCCAGCAGCACUGUCUGCAUCAACGCGAUGACCAUUCUCAUACUGGAGAUGCCGGAGGCGAUGAUGCGCACGUUGCCAGAUGUUCUACUCAAAAUAAGCAAGAUACCCGAUACGAAUACGGUGGCCAUACCAGUUUUGGAGUUUUUAUCCCUUUUAAAUCAUCUGUCAAACCAUCUGUUCACAAACUUCAUAUUCACGCACUACAUGUACGUGUUUGCCAUCUCCGUACCAUACACGAAGCUGGAUCGAUACGAUCACUAUACGGUAUCAUUGGCAUACCAUGUCAUUGCGGGCUGGUUUCUCAAGUGUAAACUGGAGAUGCGUAAGAAUCUAUUCGGUUACAUCAAGUCGGCGUUGCAGUCGAAUACCGUCAAAAUCAAUUCAGUGAACGUGAAUGAGGAUUCGUCGAAUCGUAAGCGCAGCACCAGCCUUACGGAGCUUGUCAGCCGGAAUAGUGCAGCGACACGCAACGACUAUGAAAUGCGUCUGAGGAUGGACAAAACGUUGCGCAACUUUCAUGCCGAAUUGACGGAUACCUGUUUCGAUUUUUUGGCACGUCACACCUAUUCGCCGUGUCCAUCGUUGCCCAAGCGCUUGCCAGCCAUUGAACAUCUGUUGAAAGACGGCGUCUCGCAAACGUGGCUGGUGGGCCACAAUUUAGUUACGAUUACCACGGCUGGCUGCCCAUCGGGACCCACACGGAACGGGCUGUGCGAGCGCUGCGCUCAGCUGGGCAAGGCGCCCAGCAUCAAUCUGAACUCGAAGAGUCUGAGCGAUGCGGCCCAGCCGCCGGAUCGGGAAUGCCGUUACAACCGUAUGAGUUUGCAGCACAGCAGCGGCAAUGAGAGCGCCGGCAGCACGGAUCAUACAACGUCUUCGUCCACAUCGAAUUCGGCGGCAACCGGCGGUCAUCCGCAUCGACAGAUCUCGAACAGUUCAACGGUAUCGCUGGACGCAUACCCACGACGCGGCUCCAACCCGGAGGCAUCUGGUGGUGCUGGUAAUCUGGUCGAGGGCUCCCACACCGGCAGCAACACAUCGCUCCUGGGCAAUUCGUUGUCGCUGUCGACGGCAAGCGUGAGUCCCUCGACACAGUCCGGUUCCGUUGUGCAGCAGCCGGUCUGUGCGCGUGCCUGCACUGUGUGGGCGGAGGUGUACGUCAGACGUCCGAGCGGUAACAUUUCGUGGAUAACGCGCAUUCAGAAUCCCAUCGCAAGCGAUUGCUUCGGCCAGGAUCUGCCGUUCAAUAACAUGGUCUCAUUAUUUCUACCCUCUGCCUAUGGUGGCGUCUUUGGCCCCGACAAUCCGAUGCAUGCGCAGCAACAGCCGCAGGAUGCGCAAACACUGCCAGAAGUAGAAGCCGAGGCAGCUGAGCCAGAAGUGGCACCAGUCCCAACGCCAUCAUUGGCAUCAGCACCAACACCAGCACCAACACCAGCACCAGCACCAGCACCAGCUACGGUGCCAGCAGCUACAGAGUUACGCAACCGAAUGGUGGCCAAGGCGCGUGCACUGCAGCGUCAGGAGGAGAUACACUCGUCCGUGGGUAGCGCUGUUAGCGGUACAGCGGCCAUAGACAUACCCAUACCACGUUCGAAGCGUGGCAAAGAUGCGGCGCUCAGCGGCAGCGUCAGUGACGGUGAGGCCGAUGACGAUGUGUUGGUCUUUGGCGAUGGCCAAAUUCGUGCCCGCAAUCCGGUGCGACGUGUCAACUCCAGCCCCGAGAUGAGCUCCAGCUGGCGUCAGACGUUUCUGGCAGCAAAGCCAGCGCCGCUCUCACAGGAGCCACCGGAUCCCGUUAAGACAUCGUUCGAGGAACCACAGCUGGCGUCAAAGAAACGCAGCGUCCAGUACAGCACCAAGGAUAUGCGUGUCAGUUGCGAGGCCAUACCCGAGGAGAUAGCCGGCUUAACGCCGCUGCAGUCCGUUGCACAGGCAUCGAAAUGUCCGCUGCAAGCGGCGCCCAUCACUCUGCCGCCCAAGCAGCACUCCGCCGACGAUGUGAGCAGUCAAGUGGGUGGCAUGGUGCAGAACUCAGCAUCUGCAUCCUCGCUUAAAAUGGGCGCCGUUGGCAAGCCACCAUUGUCACCAGGCCAGGGACAGGUACAGGUACAGGCAGCGACCGCACCCAAACAGCCAACAGCUGCGACAGGCGCUAAGGUGACUAGCUAUGGUGCUGCCUUGGGUCUGGCCAAGUCCAAUAGUAGCGGCAAUGGUGGCAACGGCUCCGACUAUAACAAUGGCGGUGGUGGCGAUAUGAUGCGCGGUCGUUCCAAGACCAUAUCGGUGCCGCGUGAGGUGAAUAACGGCAAAGGACGUCCACAGCCGGCGAGCAGCUUUCACAGCUUUGGUGCCGCCAAGCCAUCAAUCAGCGCCAAGCUGUGCAUGAAUCCCAGCUUUCUCUUUCUCCAGCUGUACGGCACCGGGCAGCUAGAGGUAACCGCGACACCGCUUAAGGUUGGCCCCGAGCAGUCCAGCGCAUUGGCACUAUUUGAUCUUGUGCCGCCAUUUGAGACGCACAAGAUCGGUGUGCUAUAUGUCGGUAGGAAUCAGUGCAACAACGAAGUGGAGAUUUUGCGUAACUCUUAUGGCAGCACUCGUUACGUGGAAUUUCUGCGUAGCAUCGGCACUUUGGUCAGCCUCAAGGAAGCCGAACAGAAUAACCUAUUCAUCGGUCUGGACAAGAGUGGCGCCGAUGGCAAAUUUGCCUACAUUUGGAAGGAUGACAUAUUGCAGGUCACCUUUCACGUGGCCACAUUGAUGCCCACCAAUCUGCAGGAUGACCCCAAUUGCAACGAAAAGAAGAAGCACAUUGGCAACGACUUUGUCAAAAUCAUUUACAACGAAAGUGGCGAAGAAUAUAAUCUAACCACCAUAUCCGGACAUUUUAACUAUGCCUGUGUGAUUGUUGAGCCGCUGGAACUUAAUUCGAAUCGUGUCUAUGUCAAGGCACGUUCAGAGAUCUCUACGUUCGUCUGUCAUCCGGAACCGCGCAUUGUUUCCGAUCGCAGUGCUCCACUACUUGCCCGCCAGAUGGCGCUGCAUGCAAACCUGGCCUCGCUGGUCUAUCAAAGCGUACAGACGGAGAACCCGUAUGCAUCCAAUUGGCUGGAAAGAUUGCGUAAAUUAAAACGUUUGCGCUUACAGUUGCAAAGCGGCAAAGCAUCCAGUGGCAAAAAAGGAAGCGCGGAUGUUGAUGGCUGGCCAGAUUUCACCACAUUUACUUAGACACCAUUGCAAUAGUUAUCAUUUAUAUAUAUAUAUAUAUAUAUGAUAUCACUUCGUGAAGAUCUUGUACAACAAAAGUGAAGAAGCAUAAAACAACU